AUGUCAAGCUUAUCGCUUUACUCCGUGCAGGCUGUUUUAAUAUUGGACAGCGCUGGAAAAAGAGUAUACGCCAAAUACUAUGAACCACCCCACACUGGUGCUGAUAAAUAUAAAGCCCUAUCGAAAUCAUUGAAGAAGCAAACAGAAUUUGAGAAACAGCUAUUUCAAAAGACUCACAAGCAGGACUCCGAGGUUCUUAUAUUCGAAGAUCAUUUAGUUCUAUACAAGGAGUAUUUGGACGUAACGUUGUAUCUCUUGGGAUCUAUGGAAGAGAAUGAAAUAGUACUCCAGCAAGCGUUCAAUGCAUUCAAGGAUUCAUUGGAUCUAAUUUUGAAUUCUGGAAUUGAUAAGAAAAAUAUUCAGGAAAACUAUGAUAUGGUUUUGUUAGCCAUUGAUGAAACUAUUGAUGACGGGAUUAUUCUGGAGACUGACCCUGCUACGAUUGCAUCACGCGUUACUAAACCUCCUUCCAAUGACCCGCAAAUGGAUCUAGAUAAAGGUCUGUUAGGGGCGUGGGGAUUUGCCAAAAGUAAAUUACAAGAGAGGUUACAGCAGGGUAUAUAA